AUGAGCAGCGGCUUGUUCUGCGAGGUCGAUCCCGCGCGUAAAUUGACCUUCGAGACCGUCGACGUCUUCACGGACGAGAGGUUCAAGGGCGGCAACCCGCUGGCCGUCGUCUUCGGCGCCGAGGGCUGCAGCACGGAGACGCUGCAGCGCAUCGCGCGCGAGUUCAACUACGCCGAGAUCGCGUUCGUGCUGCCGCCGGAGGAUCCGACGAAGACCGCGCGCGUGCGCAUCUUCACGCCGCUGGAGGAGUACCCCUUCGCCGGCCACCCGAACGUCGGCACGGCCUGCGUGCUCGCGCGGCGCGGCGUCGCGUUCGGCCGCCCCGUCGGCGACGCGCUCGUCUUCGAGGAGGCCGCGGGCGACGUCUCCGUCGAGAUCGCGCGCAACGGCAACGGCCAGGUCGCCGGGUCGACGAUCGCCGCGCCGGAGCCCUUCGCCGCGGGCCGGACCUUCGAGCCCGCGGACGUCGCGGCCUGCCUGGGGCUGCCCGCGGACGCCGUCGACGCGUCGCUCCACGCGCCCCUG